AUGUCUGACGGAUCAAUAACGGCGACGGAGAGUGAGAUACCACUCGCUGAUUGCAUCGUUGCGAGCUAUGUCAGAAGCAAGAUUAGCACCGACCGGGAGCAAAAGUACUUCCCUGAAGGCUCAGUCGAGCGACUCAUCACUCCUUUUUCCAUCAGGGAAGAGCUCAGCGAUAUACCAAUCGAGCCAGAGUUGUUGGAUAAUCUGAUCAGCUUUAUCGUGACCCGAGCGAAAAAGGUCUUCACAAUCACUAUCCUCUCGCAACUCAGCGGACUCGACCUUUACAACGCCAUCAAGACUUUUCAAGACGUGGGCUUCGACGAUGACAAGCUACCGGUGCUACCAGACCGUCAUGCUGACCUCAUGUCGGCUGCGUUCAAGGGGCGGAGACUAUGGAAUGCAGUCCGAAAGGAAGGAUUCUUAACAGACCAGUGGGGUCUUCUCGUGCCCGUCUUCACCAGACCACAAUUGAUGCAUUCGCUCCAGGAGAGCGCCAUCCUUCCCCUUGAGCGUGUCAGCAGUGCCUUCAAGGGAGGCACUUUUGGCGAUGUUUAUGAAGCCACUGUACACCGGGCCCAUAUGGACGAUGAGCUUUUCAAGCGAAAUGGUUCUCGUACCAAUAUUGCGGUCAAAGAGAUCAAAGCCAGUCAACUGUUGCAAGGAGAUGUCCAAAAAGCCUACGACAUCGAGGCUCUGGCACUCGCGAGAAGCAGCAAAGUUGAGCACGAAAACCUGAUCCCAUGUCUUGCUGCGAUCGAGAAGGGCUCGAUGCAUUACUUCCUGUUCCCUUGGGCCGAUGCUGGCAGCCUUGAGGAUUUUUGGCAGAGUAGUCCAAAGCUCAACCUGGAUUUUCUAAUGGAUGUCUUUGAGCAACUGCGUGGACUUGGGGCGGCUCUUGAGAAGCUUCACAACUACGACGAUAAGAAGGCCGCGGUUGAAAGCGAUGGACGUCCCGCUUCGCCAUCAGGUGGUAUCAGACACGGAGACUUGAAGCCCGCAAACAUUUUGAUCUUUAAAUCAGACGACCCCAAGCGAAUUGGAACCAUGAAAAUUGCAGACAUGGGUCUGGCCAAGUAUCAUCAAGUUCAGACUCGUCUACGAAGGAAUGCAACAAGCUCCAGAUACGGGACGUCUCGAUAUGAACCGCCUGAAGCGGGAGUCUCGAAACUCAACACAACCCCCGCUAUGUCUCGGCUCUACGACACAUGGUCUAUGGGAUGCAUCUUCCUGCAGUUUCUCAUCUGGCUUUUGCAAGGAAAGGAAGCCUUGAGGAGUUUCAACGAAUCCAUCCACGAGUACAACAUCAAGAACCAGUGGGGAUCCAUGUACGAUCUGGAGCCACCAUACUACAUCAUCGGAUCCGACAACAAAGCUCAGCUCCAUCCUCUCAUUGUACAGCGGUUUGGAGAGCUCUCUAGAAGCUGCACACGCAACACAGCGAUUGGAGAUCUCCUUCAUAUCGUCAAGGCCAAACUGCUCAUAGUUGAUCUCCCAAGCAGUCGAGAGCGACCUACAAGCAGAUGGGUUUCCUUGAGCGAGUCUAGACCACGAUAUCGCGCUACAGCACAGGUUCUUAGGGAGCGUUUGGAUCUCAUCGAACCGAGAGAAUGCACCACCGCCAUCGCUGUACGCACAGCAAUCGUCGAGUACCCUGCAUCCGGACUCGGCUGGGCUAAGGAAGCGGAUCAAACAGCUGAUCAGGCCAAUUGCACAAAUGAGAGGCCAUUUUUGCAUUGUGUCUGCGCAUACAAUCUAUGCCUCACUCCCCAUCAUUGGGAGGUGAUGCUAACUUUCUCAGCACAACACAACGAUUUCGCCUUCAAAAUUAUCGAUGCAGGAGAUAGUCCUGCACUCGAGCCUUUCUCUCACGGAGAAGCUGAGCAACUCUGCGACAGCUGCAAGGACCUCGAUUUUUGGACCACCGGAUUUCACAUCGAGGAUAAUCUUUCAGAGCUCAAAGUGCGCCAAGAGAGUUGUCAAUUCUGUAGCAUGAGGUGGGAGGCCUGCAAGUAUCUUGAAGGCUAUUCUCCCUCUGCCAGGUUUGACAGGAUUGAUUCGGUGGUGAAACUCAACGAGAGUGACCCUCCUGUCUUUUCUAUUUGCAGUGGCCCCGGCCUGAAUCUGCCGGCCUCACUACAGGUCGGAAUCCCGCAAGUAACCGAAUUGGCAAGAACAACAUAUCAGAUCAGGUUAAUCAACACAUGGAUAAAAGAAUGCGAUGAGAACCACCCCAAGUGCAGAGGGUUGCCUCAGAAGGACGGACCUGGUAGUCGUAAAGCUUUUCAACUGCCGACCAGGCUCAUCGACAUUGGCCAGCCUGGCUCCAAGAUCCAGCUGUACGAGACACGACCCGAUGACAAGACUGAAAACCUCAAGUAUAUCGCGUUGUCUCAUCAGUGGGGAGACCCUACCGCCAGUAACCAUUUCCGAACCACGACCCAGAACUACGCCGCCCACCUCAACAAUAUUGACUUCUACAAGCUCCCGGACACCUUUAAAGAUGCCGUCACCAUGGCCCGUGACAUGGGCAUUCGAUAUCUCUGGAUCGACUCCAUUUGCAUCAUUCAAGGCCCAGAUGGCGACUUCAACACCGAGUCUCAGAGAAUGGAAGAUGUCUUUAGUUCUGCCUACUGCGUCAUCGCCGCAAGCUGUGCUCGAGAUCAAUGGGAUGGGUUCCUCAAGAACAGACCUGAAUCUGAUUCGAGACGUUUUGCGACAUUCAGAAACGGCCGAGAUCCGCCAUUCUACGUCUGUCAGUUUCUGGAUGACUUCAACACCGAUGUUCUUGAAGGACCGUUGAACAAGAGAGGUUGGGUACUUCAGGAGAGAGUCUUGGCUCGUCGGACGAUCUUCUUUACUGACAAGCAGAUCUACUGGGAGUGUGGCAACGGCGUUCGAUGUGAGACUCUAACACACAUGAAAAAUGAGCUGGCGGCUUUCCUUGGAGACCCCAACUUCCCGGAAAUCGCUAUCCACUCCCCACGAGCCGACCGAGAUACCUCUCACGGCGAAAAGAUCCUCUACUAUCAAGAUCUCUACAAGACCUACUCUCGACUCGCCUUUUCCAAACCCGAGGAUCGAUGCGUGGCAAUGAACGGUUUGGAACAGAGACUUAGUCGAGGCUUCGUCUGCAACGGCAAAUUUGGCAUCCUGGAUGACAAAAGUCUCUUUCACAGGAGCUUACUAUGGAGACGAGCUGUGACUGUGAAUUCUAUGGAGAAGAUUUCGUUCCCGGCAGACAGACAGCAAGUGCCUUCUUGGUCUUGGAUGGCUGUGAAGGGUGAGAUGGAUUACAUCCCGGUGCCGUUCGACACGGUAGACUGGGAAACCAAUCUCAAAUCUCCUUUGAGACACACCUUGACAUUCAAGGAUGAACAAAGCAGAACUAUGGAGAUCAGAGCUAAAGCUAACGAACUGACCCCUGACCACGGUGAUGAUCUUGAGGAGUUCUAUGACCGAGUCUCUGAUCAUAAAGGGACCCUACGCAGGGUGCUAUGCGUUGUUGUUGGGAGAAGCAAAGGUUCAGAUCGAAUCGAGGAGAAGUUUCACUACGUUCUUCUCGUGUCUCCUAAACCGUCUUCUGGACCAUGGGUGUACUUCCGAAAUCUAUCACUGAGCCAGCUAUGCAUUCAGCCCCCAAGUCCUACUUCCCCGUUCAGCCAGAAUGGCCCGGAUUCGCUUAUGCAGCUUCGUAGCAAGCGGUCCGCACUCUAUGCGUUUGAAGCUAUCGGCAUCAGCUGUUUCGACUACUAG